AUGCAAACGGGAUUGCGUAAAGAAGGCACUGCCUCUCCCGAGCUGCAAAAAUUCCUUAAUGCCCUUAAGGCAGAAGGAAGAUUACUGAAACCAGAAGAGCCAGCUACUGCAUUUGUCCCUGGAGGCACCGUCCUCGGAGCUCAAAGUCAUGUUGAUACCUUUACCUACGCCAACACUGUCGGGCGAGAUCCUAUCUAUGGCGCUACAGGUUCAACCAACACCCGGCCAGCCGCUCUGGCACCAGGUGGCCGCUUCCCUGUGGUGCCUGCGCCCAACUAUGCCUCGAACCCCACCACAGACUUCAUUAAUGUGAAGGAUCCGUCCCAGAACGGAGGUCAUACAGUGCUUGGUGACAACACUAUCGACGAGUCGGCCGUUCUCAAUCAGGUCCUGCAGUAUGCAGCCGAUAACAACAAAAUCGCCUAUUUCCCAUUUGGCAAGUAUCGAGUUGACUCUACCCUCCUUGUCCCAGUAGGUUCUCGGAUUAUUGGGGAGGCCUGGUCCACAAUCACAGGCAAUGGAGCCUUCUUCAAAGAUUUGUCUAAUCCGAAGCCUAUUGUUGCGGUCGGGAACCCCGGUGACGUCGGCCUCGCUCAGAUCCAGGACAUGCGAUUCACCGUCUCAGAUGUCCUUCCAGGAGCCAUUAUUCUUCAGUUCAAUAUGCGAGGGACAUCUCCGGGUGACGUUGGUCUCUGGAGCUCGCUGAUCACCGUUGGCGGCACCCGUGGAGCGUCUGCCUUGACCAACACAUGUCAUGACCCCAGUAGCGAAUACCAGGCCGCUUUCCUCGGUAUGUACUUUGCACCAGACUCGUCUGCAUAUGUCGAGAAUGUGUGGAACUGGGUGGCAGACCACAUCACUGAAAGCUUCGCCGGAGGAUCCAAUAUCGCGGCGAAAGGUGGCGCCCUCGUUGCAUCCACAAGAGGCACAUGGCUCCAUGCACUGGGCAGUGAGCACUGGUGGCUAUAUCAGCUCAAUCUUCACCAAGCCAGCAACGUCCUCAUCACGUUACUACAGUCUGAGACAAACUAUGACCAGGGCGAUCAUGUCCAGCAAACUCCCCCAGCGCCAUGGGUGGCAGAUAUCACGAACUGGGGCGACCCAGACUUUUCCUGGUGCAGUGGUGGCGAUACCCGUUGCCGAAUGGGAUUUGCCAACUAUAUCCAGGGGGGAUCCGACAUCUACACAUAUGCUUCAGCUUCGUGGGCCUUCUUCAGUGGCCCGGGCUAUCAACCCUGCGCUGGCGCCUACCAAUGCCAAAACUACAUGCACUGGAUUUCCGAAACCCCCAAGAACCUACAAGCAUUUGGCCUUUGCUCCAAAGAUGCAUGGGCGACUCUGCAUCUUGCAGACGGAACGAAUAUUGUGUCGCAGGAUGGAUUUACUGGCUCAUGGCCAGGAGGUGGUGGUGAUGUUGGUCGAUACACACCCGGUAAUAUUUAA